AUGCAUAGAUCUGAAGAUCUCGAGGUUCUUGGAGACCUCGGCGACGGUGCGGUGGAGGGAGAGGGUGUAGAAGAGGGCAACGGAGGUGGGUCUAUGGCGAUGGCGGUGGUGGUCGUGGUUAUAGAUCAGGUCAUGGUUAUGGUAGAGGUGGCCAUUGGAGAUGGUGGUGUGAGAGGAUCCCUGGCUUAUCCUUUCAUCGUACUCCAUGGAAUUGGAGAUCAGUGUUCAAACAAAGGAAUGAAGCAGUUCACACAGGAGCUCAACGAUUGGUCCAAUUCUAAAGGAUAUUGCUUAGAAGUUGGAGAUGGAUCGUGGGAUUCUUGGUUUAAGCCGCUUCAAGAACAGACAGAAAUCGUAUGUAAUAAGGUGAAGCAAAUGAAAGAACUACAGGAGGGUUACAACAUUGUUGGUCUCUCUCAGGGUAACUUGAUAGGACGAGGUGUUAUCGAGUUGUGUGAAGGUGGACCCCCAGUGAGGAAUUUCGUUUCUUUAGGAGGACCGCAUGCUGGUACUGCUUCAGUUCCUCUAUGUGGUACUGGCAUAUUUUGCAUCAUAGCCGACAAUUUGAUCAAAUCGGAGAUUUACUCCGACUAUAUCCAAGCUCAUUUGGCUCCAAGUGGUUAUCUUAAGAUGCCUAAUGAUAUUGAGGGGUACCUAAGCAAAUGUAGGUUUCUACCGAAGCUUAAUAACGAACAUGCCGACGAGAAAAAUGCCACUUACAAAGAACGAUUCACUAGCUUGCAAAAUCUUGUCCUUAUUAUGUUUGAACACGAUACCGUUUUAAUACCAAAGGAGACUUCUUGGUUUGGAUACUAUCCUGAUGGCGCCUUCAAUCCUAUUUUGCCACCUCAGCAGACGAAGCUUUAUAAGGAAGAUUGGAUCGGUUUGAAAGAAUUAACCGAAGCGGGAAGGGUAAAGUACAUUAAGGUGGCGGGGAAUCACCUCGGAAUCUCCAAAGAUGAUAUGAAGAAAUAUGUUGUUCCUUAUUUAGAGGAUGAAACAUCCAAGAAACAAACUAGUUUUGUUGAUGAUGAUGAUGAUGAUGAUGAUGAACCACAAGCCGUUGGAUCUUCUGUGGGGGUAAUUUUCGACGAAUCAUCAUCUUCUUACAAGUGGCCGUCGCCUGUCAAGAGCUUCUUCGGGGAGCUGCUUGGUCUUAAAAAAGAUCAUUAAUCUUUCGGUUUUCGUCUUCGUGGUUUUGGUCCGCAUAUGAAAGCUGUAGAAUUAAGUCUACUAUAUUAAUUCUUAGCAGGAAUUUAUAUUCUUCUGGUUGUACUCUUCAACCACUAUACUGCUGUUGCUCGCCACUAUUAUGCUGUUAGCAAUAAUACAUUUCAAAACUAAUGUCUUCACAUUUUUUUA